CUGAUUAAUACAAAUAUUCCACGCUGCACAGUUUUGGGCAUUUAUUAUUAAACAUUUUCAUUUAAUUCACUGAAAUAUUGUUAAGGUUCUCUUAUUUCUUUCACUUAACUCUGUACAUUACUCAAAUAAAAUGUUUGAAUUACAAAAGCAGCUUUUUCCAGCAUAUGACAAAUGGCACUUAGAUUCAUAGCUUUGUCAGAGGCAGUUGCAUAAUUGAAUAUUGUUGAUGCAAGUUGCAUGUGACUCGGCACAAAACAAAGAAUGUUGUAUGUUCAGCCAAAUUUUCCCCACCUAUAUAAAAGCUCACACACCUCAACUCAUAUUUGUACAUAGUGAAUUGACAAUAAAAUGAGUUAUGUUAGACACACAUACCUGGACCAGAAUGAAGGUUUUAGUUGUCCACAUCUGGCUUCUCUUACUGCUCCUGUGCCUAAGAAACAGGAACCUGGCUGCAGGUGAGUGUUCAGUGCCCACAGCGCUCUGCUGUGACGGAGGUGAGGUAUGCAAACGUGGUGGGUGUAACUGUGAUGAGGCUUGCUGGACAUUCAAUGACUGCUGUCCUGACUACUAUGAGACAUGCAUUCAAAUGAAUUCACCUUUAUUAAUAUCCUCACCAUCUCCAUCCAUAUCACCAUCAUCACCAACAUCAACCUCACCAGGCUCACCAAUUUCAGGACCAUCUUCACCAUCCUCAUCAUCUUCACCAUCUUCACAAACCUCCGCACCAACAUCACCCUCAUCAUCACUUUGUAAUAACUGCACUGAAAAUGAGGCUUGCCAGGAGAGAGGUGGUGUCUAUGGCUGUGGUUGCUUGCAAGGACAAAGACCAAAUCCUGAAAUCUUUGAUGCUGUGGGGUCUUGUAUCAGCAACACUGGCUCCAUAUCUCUCUCCCGCUGCCAGCUCUUUGAGUCUGGGUUUUAUCCUGAGACCCUGCACCUAAAUGACCCAAGCUGCAAAGGAACCCUUGAGAAUGGCAGACUUCUGUUUUAUUUUGACAAUGAAGGCCAAAUAUGUGGUACCACUCUGACGAGCAACAGUACUCACUUCAUCUACCAAAACUCCAUUCAGUUUAACCCAAAGAACACUGAACAGAGCAUCAUUACAAGAGGUAUAUGGAUGAACAGUACAUUUUCUUGUGCAUACCCUCUGAUCCAGAACCUAUCUAUGCCCAUUAGUUUCCGAGCUGAAGGCGGUGUGGUAAGUGAUGAACUUCCUGCUGGACAGGGCACAUACCAAAUCCGCAUGAUACCCUACCAUGAUGCACAGUUUACUAUUCCAUAUGAUGAGGAGCAAGUACAAGUGAACCAGCAGAUGUAUGUGGCUGUUAAGGUGGAAGGAGUGGAUAGAAAUCAAAUCGCAACAGUUCUGGACAACUGCUGGGCCACACCAGUUAAUGAUGCUGGAUAUCAUAUUCGCUGGAAUCUAAUUAGUAGAGAAUGUCCAAACCCCGAAGAUGCCGCAGUGGAAGUUCUUCAGAAUGGUAUUGAUACAACAAGCCAUUUCUCCUUCAGGAUAUUGACCUUCUCAGGGAUUUCUGACCACAUCUUCCUGCACUGUGAGGUUCAUCUUUGCCUUGUACAGAACGGCCGAUGUGCACUGUUAUGCAACCAUGGAUAUAGAACUAAAAGGCAGAGAUCUUUGGACUUCCUGUACUCUGCAGCAAUCUCCAUUGGUCUGAAAGCUCAGUAAACCUGAUAAAUGAAAGAGCUUGCAAUUUUAAUCAAAAAAUUUUUAUAUAAAUUAUUUAAAGAACUUUCUUGUCUUUAAACAUCUAGAUUUCAAAGAGAUGUUGCAGAUAUUUUAAAUAAACAUAUCACUUAUGAAAAUUAACUGGUUGGUGAAAAAGAUUUUGGAGGAACUACUACAUUUAACCCAGAGAAAACAAAUUAAUUAUUUUAAAAAUCUCUCUAACUCUGUAUCCAUGUAUUGCUUUAUAGUUAUAGAUGAAGUGUUAUUCAAAACAGUAUAUACAAAACUAAGUUCUUGGGUGUAUAUGAGUUAAAUUUAGGUGGAUAUUUACAAUAAGUGGAAUUAAAUGAAAGUCUCUCUUUCUCUUUGUUCAAGGAGUAAUCUUGGAACACAUUAUACCAAACAAACCUAGAAUAAAACUCUUAGCAAUGAAGAAAAAACUUUGUGACAUUUUUUUGAACGUCACUCAGAGAUCAUGCAUCUCAUAAAAUGUAACUUGUAGUUCUGACAGAGUAAGAACAAUAGCAUUUACUGUACCUGUGUGCUCAUUAAAAAGAAGUUACACCCAUCCAGAGAUAAAUAUGAGUUGUUCCUCUCAAUGUAGUAUAACUUUGUUGGCAAGGCAGGCAAGACAUGACAGUACAAGACGCCCAAACGGGGAAACAUCCACAACUGACACACACACACAUACAAUUACAUACACACAUGCUCUCCCUUUCAUUAAUGCUGUGUAUCGCUCUGGGGACUGUAAGCUGGAUCACGAACAGUUGGUGCUGAUCCAUCCUUGAGUAAACUUUUUGGCAAAACCUUUUUUGUAUUGUACCUCUGUACUGACAUUCUUUCAUAAAUAGACUGAUUUGUGUAAAAUGAUUCGUUGAGACAUAAAAAAUUUAAAUAUAUGGGGGCACAUUCCCUUCAAAAAUAAAACUAAUCCACUGCGUCUUUAGCGGCUCUGAUGUCAGGAGUACAUGGAGACUGUUAUGUUCACUCUUACAUCCAACAACAAAACACAAAACACCUCAAUCACUUAGUUACGAGACAUUAUUUUCGCUACAGCUGCUAAAGCUUGGAGAAAAUGGUGGACUGUGUACAACUCGCUAAUUAUCAUUCCUGAGAAUACUUCGUUACACCAGAAGAUAUAUAAUAUCCAUACUUGAAUGCUUUGAGGGAAACACCUUGAUAAAGUCUGUAUGAGUAUAAAGAAGGUGAUAUACUUUAUCAGCCACUGGGUAAGGAUCAGGACUUACAGGCCCAUGGGAGUAACAUUGUGAUCUUUGCCACGCAAUGCCACACCCUGUGUGAAUAAAUAUUCCUUUCCACUUUUUACAUUGCUUAUGAGAGAUAACCAUGGUCAUGAAGUUGUUGUUGCAUACAUAAUAUCA